AUGUAUCAUAACAACCUGACGCUUGACAUGGAUUCAGUCUCUCCCACCUGCCGGACAGAGUCUCCUGUCGGGACACUCUGCCAAAAGACGCCAGAAGAGGCGAGCUCUCCAGCUUCCUCCUCAGAGAGCAACAAUGCAAAGGAGACCUGCGAAGACAUGAGCGUUGAAGCAACUCCAUUUGUUCCAACAGUCACUGCAAUUUCCUCUACCCCAGAUUUCCAGUGGAUGGUCCAGCCUACGAUUAUUACAUCUGUCUCCCCGUCUCUGGGUAGCAAGCAAGCCAAUGAACCGCAAAGCUCUCACCAGGCAACACCCAAAGCGGGCGGGAAUAAGGGAAAAAAUGCUGUCAGAAAGGGGAAAACGGAGCAGCUGUCUCCAGAGGAGGAAGAGAAAAAGAGGAUAAGGAGGGAGAGGAAUAAAAUGGCUGCAGCAAAGUGUCGCAACAGACGGAGGGAACUCACAGAUACACUGCAAGCUGAGACAGACAAGCUGGAGGAGGAGAAAGCAGCCCUGGAGACGGAAAUAGCCAACCUCCUCAAAGAGAAAGAACGGCUUGAAUUCAUCCUUGCUACACACAAACCAGUUUGCCAAAUGUCCGAAGAGAUGGAGUCUAUUUUCCAGGAGCCUGGAGGGUCCCCAGAGCUACCACCCAGUCCAGAUGAGGACAGGCUUCCAGAGGAUGGCACACAGGAAGCUCCUUCGCUCGUGGACAUGGACAUCCCUAGUGAUCCGUCUACAGCCAUCUCCGGGAACUCCAAUAUCUUGCUGUGUGCAAGUGCUGAAAUCAACAUCUGCGAUCUGGAGCCCUCUCUGGACAUUAAGGAGGGGCUACUGGACAAUAUGUUGCCCAGUUUGGAGGAGAAAACCCCCAUGGAGACAGCCCGAUCCGUACCAGACAUAGAUCUGAGCAGCUCUCUCGGGGUCUCGGACUGGGAGACCUUGUACAAGUCUGUUUCCAGCGACCUGGAGCCUCUCAGCACUCCUGUGGUGACCUCCACCCCAACCUGCAGCAGCUACCUGUCCGUGUUCACAUUCGCCUGUCCCGAGCUGGACUCUUUCUCAGAUGGACUGGACAGCAGUAAAGGUGGAGGGGGCAAAGCCGAAUCUGUUGACAUCCUCAACUCUCCAACUCUCCUCGCCUUAUAA